AUGGCUUCCAAAACAACCCAACAACUUCAUUCUCCUCUUCACUUUGUUCUCUUCCCUUUCAUGGCUCAAGGCCACAUGAUUCCCAUGGUCGAUAUUGCGAGGCUCUUGGCUCAGCGCGGUGUAACCAUAACCAUUGUCACAACGCCUCACAACGCAAGCCGGUUCAAGAACGUUCUUAACCGGGCCAUCCAGUCCGGCUUGCCCAUCAAUCUUAUCCAAGUGAAGUUUCCAUCUCAAGGACUUGAGAAUUUGGACUUAAUCGAUUCAAUGGAGUCGUUUGUAUCCUUCUUCAAAGCAACUUGCAUGCUUGAGGAACCGGUAGAGAAGCUUUUGAAAGAGAUUGACCCUAAGCCAAGCUGCAUAAUCGCCGACAUGUGUUUGCCUUACACAAACAGGAUUGCCAAGAAAUUUGGUAUACCAAAGAUCGUCUUUCAUGGCAUGUGUUGCUUCAAUCUUAUUUGUUUGCACAUUAUGCGUCAAAACUACGAGUUUUGGGAAACUAUAGAGUCAGAGAAUGAAUACUUCCCCAUUCCAAAUUUUCCUGACAGAGUUGAGUUCACAAAAUCUCAGCUUUCGAUGGUUCAGNCUGGUGGAGAUUGGAAAGAGUUCUUUGACGAAAUGANAGANGCGGAUAACACUUCUUAUGGUGUNAUNGUCAACACGUUUGAAGAGCUCGAGCCCGCNUAUGUUAGAGACUACAAGAAGGUUAAGGAUGGUAAGGUAUGGAGCAUCGGACCGGUUUCCUUGUGCAACAAGGUAGGAGCAGACAAAGCGGAAAGGGGAAACAAGGCAGCCAUUGAUCAAGACGAGUGUACUAAAUGGCUAGAUACUAAAGAAGAUGGGUCGGUGCUAUAUGUUUGCCUUGGAAGUUCAUGCAAUCUUCCUCUGUCUCAACUCAAAGAGAUCGGGCUAGGCCUUGAGGAAUCCCAAAGACCAUUCAUUUGGGUCAUAAGAGGUUGGGAGAAGUAUAAUGAGUUAUUUGAGUGGAUCUCGGAGAGCGGGUUCAAAGAAAGAAUCGAAGAGAGAGGUCUUCUCAUAAGAGGAUGGUCGCCUCAAAUGCUUAUCCUUUCACAUCCCGCAGUUGGAGGAUUCUUGACACAUUGUGGAUGGAACUCGACUCUCGAAGGAAUCACCUCGGGAGUUCCAUUGCUCACAUGGCCGUUGUUUGGAGACCAAUUCUGCAACGAGAAAUUCGCGGUGCAGGUACUAAAAGUUGGAGUCAGAGCCGGAGUUGAAAAGCCCAUGCUAUGGGGAGAAGAGGAUAAAAUAGUACUGGUGGAUAAAGAAGGAGUGAAGAAGGUAGUUGAAGAACUAAUGGGGGAUAGUGAUGAUGCAAAAGUGAGAAGAAGAAGAGCCAAAGAGCUUGGAGAGUUAGCUCACAAAGCUGUGGAGGAAGGAGGCUCUUCUCAUUCUAAUAUCACAUUCCUCUUAGAAGACAUAAUGCAACAAGCACAAACCAAUAAUUGA